GUGACGUCAGGGAGCAGACCGAAGGGUGCCCGUGGCUAAUCAGCUCCCAUCCGCCGUGUUUGCCCAGCAGUGCCCGGGCGGCUGCUGCUCCCGCCCCGCUUCGCCGCUGUUCCAAAAUCUCUCCCAGGCCUGGCUGGGGAGCCCAACAUCCAUCUCGAAGGGGCACAAAGCUGAGAUGAGUGGGAGAUGAGUGGUCUGAACCUGCAUGAGGGUGGUGCAGCACCUGGGGGUACCCACGGAAAGGCUUUGCACACUGCAGCGGCAGCCCCUGUUUGCAGAGGCAUGGCUCGAUACGCAGUAUGUUCUUCAGAAGAUCCCUACUCCAGGAGUCAAAAUAGCAUGAAAUUUAAUUUUACGCCUAUUUGACAAAGCUUGAUUUCACCUCCAAUCAGCAGGGAGAUAAGAGCCCUCGGCACAAGUGUGCGGGCAGUUUGGCAGCUGGGGCUGCCGAUUUAAUAGGUGAAUUUACAGGGACAACACUUGAAAAUCCCCUGGCGAGUGAACCAUUAAGCCGUCAGCUCGCUGCUCCGCUAUAAAUACUUCAGGCCCAGGUGGAGGGACGGGCAGGGGGAGCGGCGCGGGAGCCUAUGCAUGGCCGGGCGGCAGCGCCAAGGGUGACUCCUGGGGGUGCCUCUGAGCGCUGACAUGGCUGCGGGUGUCAUCCAGCCCCUGGCCGAGCUGCGGCUGCCCUCGCCCUUCCCGCACGGCCUCCUGCUGCCCACGCACCCUGAGCCUGACUUCCCUGACCUCUCCGAGGAGGAGGAAGAGGAAGAGGAGGAAGAGGAGGAGGACGUGGAAGCAGUGGAGGAGAGCGUGAGGCCGAAGCUGGCCAGCGUCUCCAGCACUGCCGAGACCACCCUGCGUCUCCUCAAGUUUUCGGAGCACAUCAGCUGCGACAUCCAGCGCUACUUUGGGCAGCGGGGCCGGGAGGAGGCCGCCAGCAGCCGCCCCGUGCCCCAGGACUGCGGCUCGCCCCAGAGCGCUGAGGCUGUGCCCGAGGUCGUGGCCCCGCGGGGCAGCCUGGGGGCCACGCACAGGCUGGGGCCGCUGGCCGAGCUCUUUGAGUACGGCGUGCACCGGUGCCUGCCCGCACGGGCGGCCGGCGGCAAGACACAGCGGCUGGAGAGGAAGUACGGCCACAUCACCCCCAUGCACCGCAGGAAGCUGCCACCCUCCUUCUGGAAAGAGCCGGGCCCAGGCCCCGCCAGCCUCCUCCACACUGGCACCCCUGACUUCAGCGACCUCCUGGCCAACUGGACAGUGGAGCCAGGGCCAGAGCUGCCGGGCACCGGGCGGGAGCUGCUGGCUCGCCCGGGGCUGGAGGCAGAGCCCUUUGCUGGGCUGUGACCCCACUGUGGCCCUGGGGGCCCUGGUCCCGCCACGUGCCACCCAGUUAAUGAUAAACCUGGUGGCCCCAGUGCCAGCACCGGGGCACUCGGAGCUGCCGGGUCGAAGCCGGUGAUGGGACGAGUGAAUAAAUGAC